AUGCCCCGACCCAAGCCCGCCGCUGCCGGUGGUGGCGGCGGCGGCUGGCUCUCAGGGUGGGGGUGGGACCUCAUGCUCGGAUCGAUCGCCGCGUUCUACGCCGUCAUGGCGCCCUACACCAAGGUGGAGGAGAGCUUCAACGUGCAGGCCAUGCAUGAUAUUCUUUAUCACAGUUAUCACAUCGAGAAGUAUGAUCAUUUAGAAUUUCCUGGAGUUGUUCCUCGAACAUUUAUAGGAGCAUUUGUUAUCUCUAUUCUGUCAUCACUGGCAGUCUUUGUAUUGCGUUUACUUCAUGUUCCAAAGUUCUAUAGUCUUCUUACAGGUAAAAAAGAAGUUUGGCCAUCAAGCAGAAGCAUUCUUUGUGGUACUAACUGCUAUCCAGUUUCACUUGCUGUUCUACUCAAGCCGUCCGCUUCCAAAUAUCUUUGCUUUAGCUUUAGAUAUAAUAACCGAAAGAAAGCUGGGUGGAAUUUGCUUUAUAUUCUCAUGCUUGGUGCCUUUCUUGUCAGUCUAGGAUACUCUACUGUGACUUUUAUGGCAUCCUACAACAAUUAUCCUGGUGGCUAUGCUUUAAAGGCUCUACACGAAGCAGAUUCUUCAGUGAAGGAAAAGAUGGUACAUAUUGAUGCCUUCACUGCGAUGAGUGGGGUUUCUUGUUUCUGUGAAAAUGAAUAUCCUUGGAGAUACUCUAAGGAGGAAGAAAUUCCCAUUGAAGAAUUUGAGAAAAGGAAUUUCACCUAUCUACUGAAUGAACACCGCUCCAUUGGUGGCUACCGGUGCUUGUUUGCUGUCGAUGGAUUCUCCAGAGUAAAACUUAAGCCCCAAAUUCCCCCGCUCUCUCUGGUGAAAGAACCCAAGGUGUUUGCACAUGGGAAUAUGAGAGACCCUGACAUUCUUUCACUGAAUUGGCCCGGUUGUCCUUGA